AUGCUUAUCAUUUUCAAUCAUCAUCCGACCAACCUUUACCAAACCUUUGAAUUCACAUCAGCCAACUCGAUUCGCGCGCGGCGUCCCUUUUUUCAGACACGAAUUCGGCACUUCCAAAACCUCCCGACGACCUCCAAGGACCAUGGUUCCUCAUCGCCGAGGCACCACCAAUACGAAGCCCCGCCAAACAGACUGACCGCCAGCAGAUUGUCCGUGGAAGAAGUCGACGUCACCAAAUCGGCCCAGAGCAAUGCAGCAGUCACCGUGUCUAUUUUUGGUGCCCUGUCCGAAAUACUGACGCAAAGUACAACUACUGCCAAAAUAUCGACCACUAGUAGUGACAAUAACAAGGUACCACCAAACGGACUCGACACUAUGACUAACUUAAUCACAAAUUCAUCAUUUUCUGAGCACUCUCUGACUAAUUCAAACUCGACUAAAAUCGUGGCUAUCUAUCCAUCGCACCCUAUUGACGAUACUAAAACAUCAGACAUACUUCUUACUAACAAUGUACAAAACGACUUGAAAUCAUCACAAGACGCAAACAAAACUAAUGUAAUCGAAUCUUUGGGUAAAGUUACUUCCAAACCCGAAGAAACCACUGUGGUCGUGUAUCUUACCCCUUCAUCACUAGAACCGAAUUCGGUACCUCAUACCAUCAAUAAAAUCCAUUCCAAUUCUUUGAAUCUGAAGUCCGAAUCUGGUUUCCAGACGGAUGGAAAACUACCCACUGGAACUUCUUCUGCACAGUCUUCCACAAGUAGAGCACCUAUCAUCAAAGAUGCACAGAGCACCUUUUCACGCACCAAAAUCUCAUCAUCUCGCGGUUAUUUGCCGAUCAAAAAUAAUACAAAUUUUAUUGAAAAGAACGGUUCAGUGAAAGUGGCAGCAAUUGAAACCAGAAAUCAAACUGAGGAUGAAGAAGACAAACUAUCAAAAACCGAAAGCUCAACUUCUCCGAGUGCUACAGUGUCAGCAGAAUCUUCAAGAUCAGGAAAAUCAUUGCAAGAAAAGUCUGUUACAACCUUGACGUCCUCCCAGCAAGAACUUUUGGACAGAGUAGCAAUAUUGUCACAACUCCUUUCAAACUUCAGAAGAGAAAAGUAUGAAACUAUAACUGAAGAAAGGGUUGUGACUGAAAUUACAGCCACACCGUUUACGAGAACACCAAAGAACAACAUUGUAGUACCUUCUCCAAAUGAAGAAAACAAUAUUAAAACUUCGGUUGAAUUAAAUUCGACUACAAAUGUAGAACAAAGAUUUGCUAAAGAUAAAACUGUUUCUCAGAACUCUGAUGCAAGUUAUGAAGACCAAAUAUUCGAGAAAGUGUCAUUCAGUACAGACUCACCAAAAACAACUACAGAGUUCGUGACUACUACAACCACAGAAAAAACUGAUGAUCCAAAACUUGUAAGCACCACAGCAAAAUCUAUUGAGACUACUACAACUAAGAUAGUAUUGGUGACUGACCAAAAAAUAAGCACUUUGGAAACUGAUACCAGUAAUUCUAAAGACGAAGAAGAGAUUGCUAAUAUUUUUGCAGUCAGCAAAGAAGAAUUCAAUAAAUCUAAUUUUACUAGUCAAGAAAUUACAACCAGUACCACAACAGCUAUAUCCAAAUUAGAAGAAGCAAACAUUUCGUCAACAUCUGAAAUUUCGUCAACAACUAAUAAUAUUGCAACUAGUACAACGCCUUUUACCACUGAAACAAGUCCGCAAACAAGUACUGAAACCACCACGCCAGUUUCCAUAAAUAACGAGCAAAAUACAAAACUUGCAGAUGAAAUUUUGCCCACAACUGAAAUUUUACACAACCCAGAAACCUCAUCCAUUACUGAAGAUUCAACAAAACAAUUUGAUCAAGAUGAAGAAGAUAGAUUCAGUACGCUCCAAAGACUACUUCUAGAACGCACCCAACAUCAAAAUAAAACAGCAAAAUCUUUAUCAAAUUCUGUUGGUCCAAACAAUCUUGACCAGAGCCAAAAACAGGCAACCACAGAAAACAAUUUGAUGCACAAAACAACUCUGUCUCAAUCUGACCAAUCAAAUUCUAAAUUUAUAAUAGUGACACCUUCAAAUCUGCCAGAGUCUACCACGUAUUUUCCACAACAUACCAACUUUCAUUUACCAGCAAGGAUUUCACCAGUUUUUCGGCCGAAAACUAAAACUGAGAAUGAUAUUCCAAAUGUAGAUGAUUUGGAGAAUCAAUCAUCGACAGUUGUCGCUUAUACAACUGGUAAAGUAAAUAUUUUGGAACUUGAACCUGUACAGACGACGACAGAAUUUGUUUUAACAAAAGUGGAGAAAACUGAUGUUAAUAAUAGAGUUGGUGAAGAAGUUAGACAAUCUAUCCAAGCUAUACUAGAGCAGUAUGGGACAUCAGAAAAAUCUUUAGCAAACAUCUCUGUAGAUGAAACAACGACAACCAGCUUGAGCACAACUGCGAAGGUUUAUGAAUCAAAAACAAUUGAAGAACUUAAUUCGAAAACAGAUCUAAAACUUACAACUUCCAAUUCAGAUACAAGCACAACAACCUUGGUUUAUGAAUCAAAAUUAAAUAUAAAGAAUACAGAAGAUUCUUUAGUUGUAGAUGCGGAAAGUACAACUACAUCCACUGCAUACCCUGAUACUUCAGAAAAAUUAAAGAAGAAGCAAGAAACUACAACGCAACAAGUUUCAAGUACUGAAGCCACAACUUUGUCAAGUUCGAAUAAAUACCUUCCAUCAAAAAUGUUAGAUUCUGAAGAAACUUUGAGUUUAGAUAACAAGCAAGAAACUACUUCAACAACCAGCAAAAAUAUAGAAGUACAGUCUUCUACAGUAGUUCCAACUUCAUCACCAAGAACCAAUAACAUUAUUGAGGAACAAAAUAUUUUCACAACGAAUUCAUUCACAACUACAACUUAUAGAGCAAGAUUCCAAGACACCAAUCGUGCAACAUUUGCACCCUUUGGUACCCAAAGUUCAACAGUAGCUCCAAAACGCGAUUACGUAAUUUAUGGAAUUCUACCCAACAGCACAGUCGUUGAAAAAGAUCCUGCCGAGAACAAAAUUCCAAUACACGACCAAUUGGACGUAGAUUCUGAAGAACAACUGAUAGUCUACGCCAUCCUGCCAAAUAACACAAUCGUGAAAAGAUUUCCGAACGGAACCGUGGUUCGCCAUAUCGAUACAUCGGUAAGAGUUUUAGAUGUCAAACCUUGGGAAUUAUCAGAUUUGAUCAGGAUGAAUGAGUACGAAAAGCUUAGAAAUAGGGUUAGAGAACAGACUGGGAAUAAUUUUGUAGAAACGCAAAACGACGGCACCAAAACCAAUAAUAUUACAUCUAGAACUUUUGAAUCUGACAAGGAUCAAGAGUCUGAUGUAACAAGCACAGCAAAUAGUAUUAAUGAGGAAAUGGUAGAAAAUGACUUUGUUGACUCGAAGUCUACUUUAGAUGCCAAAUUAGCUUUAGACAAUAAUACAAAUAAUUUUGACUCAAAUUAUGAUAACGUUACUAAAGUUGCAUUAGUAAAUAGUACAGAACCCAGUAGUAACCAAAACUCAACUUCAGCUACUGAAAUUGUAGUGGAGGUCAUUACUGAAAUAAUAACCACAGAAAUUGUUAAUAACAAAACAGUAAAUUCGGAGUCACCAGUGAAAUUAGACCUAGAAGUAACAAAUAACGUUAACACCAGUAGCAAAUUUAGUAAUGUAAAUAUAAUCAAAGAAACCGAUUCCAAGUUAGUAAGUGGUAUAGAUAAUUUAGGCAACUCCAAAGGUGAUGAACUUAUUGAUAACAAAACAGUAACUUCGGAGUCACCAGUAAAAUUAGACCUAGAAGUAACAAAUAACGUUAACAAUAGUAACAAAUUUAGUAAUGUAAAUAUAAUCAAAGAAACCGAUUCCAAGUUAGUAAGUGGUAUAGAUAACUCCAAAGGUGAUUUUAGAAACCCCAAAACUUUAGAGGACAACAAUAACACAACCAGCCUUAACAUCCACGCAGAAAUGGUUUCGGAGAGCAAUUCCAGCACAGUAAUAAAGCAAAAUAAUGUAAAUAAGCAAAUAGACAGUAUAACUGAAGCCUUAGUCAGAAAAGCAACUAACAAACUGCUACUUGGUGGGCAAUUGAUAGAUAUUUUAGUUAGAAGCAGCAAUUUGGAAGAUUUUUCGAAAUCCUUGGAUGCGAAUGACAAGAUAUUGCUCGGCCAUGCUGGUUUAAUAACGGCAACUCCUGCAACUCCAGCAACUGUAUCUGUCCGUGGUCAUUUCGACGGAGUGGUAGAUAAUGACAAAGUCUUUUCAGGAAAUUCUAAUCUGGAUGGUAAAAUUGAUGAUAAAGAUUAUAUUUUGAGUUUGACAACACCAAGAUUGCCGUCUCUUAGUGAUAUUUUAGGGAUUUCAGCAUCAACUGAAAAACCGUACAGAUAUCUAACGCUUGAGGUCGAUCCUUUGACAAACAAAGUCCGUGUAUCAGCCCCAACUAUCAAAGACUCGCCAUCAAUAGUGCAAUGGAAUGGCGUUAAACCAAAAUCAUCAACCACCACAGGCAAACCAUCAGUGAUUUCAUCACCUCCAAAGGUACGAAAUGAUGGCAGAUCACCAUUGCAAGUGGAAUUACCACUUGCUACUACUGUAAAACCAGUUAGAUCUACAACACCAAUUAUUAUAACACCUUCUAGAACAAUAAAUACAAUCAGCGAAUUAGAUGAGGAAGAAAUUGCUCUGAGGAAAAGAUUGGGUUUGAGUACUCUAAGACCAAAAACGACACUGACAGAUGCUGAAGACUUGGCCUUCCUUAAUAAUCUGCGCAAUGUAGCUAAUACAGUAACUUCAAGACCUUUGGACAAAAAUUUGGCUAAAAAAAUAGUUGUUUUAGCCAAUAACGACCAAAAAAUUUCCAAUGGUACUUCAACGACAGUAACUCCACCAAUUUCAUCUGUUACUGCAGCUUUAGGUUUACUAGAAUCUUUAGGUCUUGGUAGAUCUAAUGGUAGAAAUCAAGAAAACCACAAGAAUCUGGUGAAGGAUGUGGAACUAUCAGUCGGAGGCGAAGAAAAAAAUUACGAUAGACAGAGUUUGGAUGAUAGCAGAAAAGAAGUAGUCAAAACAACCACCACCCAGCGUUCUCGUGGCCGAAUGACUUUCGCAAACCAAAACCCAACCACAGAAAAAUAUCAAACACAGCAAAAUCAAAUCCGGGUACCAAAUAAACCUUCAGAAUUAGACGACGACCCAAUUCUGCGUGCAAAUCAAGUAAGAACAGCCAGCCCGACCCCACAAGACAGUGCUUUAUUGAAUGCCUUGAUAGGCUCCUUGAACCAACAAAACGAUCCCAAAAAUCCAGUUGACAGGAAUCAAUUAUUGUCUCAGCUUCUGAGGUCUCUAGACACCACAACAUCAACCACGACCACAGAAAAGUUGCCGAGUGAUGAAGAACUUUUGGCACGUUUGUUGACAUCAAUAGAUAAUAGAAAUAAGUCGCCAAACAGUUCUGGUUUCGAUAUAACUGAUCCGUUGGUUGCUCAACUUUUGAACACUUUUGGUGGAGAAUUGGAUGCAACUACUGCUAAACAAACUACGACAACAAAGCAAAGUCAACAAGCUUUAGCAAAUGAUGAGAUUGCAAGACUUUUACAAUCUUUAGCCAGACCUUCAACCACAUCUAGACCUAAGACGACGACAACUAAACCUACCACAACCACAACAACUACUACCACAACAACGACGACACCUAAACCAACAACGACAACCACAAGAAGAACCACUACGACAACAGAAGAAACAUCACAAAAUAAUGAGUUAUUAGCAGAGUUGUUAAAAAAUCUAGGACGGUCUACAACAACGACAUACAGACCGACUACAACAACUGAAGAAGAACCAUCUGACAACGAACUUAUUGCAGAAUUGUUAAAAAGUAUUGGAAGAACAGCUAGUACAACCACAACGACUACUGCACCUACAACCACCACAACUAAAAAGCCUAGAACCAGGCCAGCAAUUACUACGACAACUGAAGAGCCGGUGGACAAUGAACUGAUUGCAGAGUUGCUGAAGAAUUUAGCAAGAUCUACAGCAGUUCCGAUAACAAGGCCAACAACUACAAGAGCACCACGAACCAGACCAACAACCAUUAGAACUACAACGACGACCGAGGAGCAAAAUGAUAAUGAAUUGCUUGCUGAACUAUUAAAAAAUUUAGAUAAUCCAACCACGAAAGCAACAAAUACUCAGAGGAAUCGGCAACAAGAAACAAGUCAAGAUGAAGUUUUGGCAAAUUUGUUGAAUGUUUUAGGUACCAGAAGUACAGAAAGGCCCAAACCUCAACAAUCAUACACAACUACAACGCCUAGUCCAAUUGUGAACGAACAAAUACUUUCAAAUCUUCUGGGCAACUUAAACAAUUUGCCAACUGCCAAACCACAAUCUCCAGAUGAGAUAUUGCUGGCUAAUAUAUUGAAUAACUUGGGCAAUACACCACAGGAUCUUGCAAAUACUGAAAGGCAACCAAAGACGACAACAACGACCACAAAGCCAGCUCGUCGAACGACCACAAAACCAAAAACCUUAACACCUAGCCAGAGUGAUAUUCAACUUUUGGACCUUUUGAGCACAAUUGUGGAAAACACAGCACCAUCGUCCACUGGUAGACCAUCUCAAAAAAGAACAUCAUCAAAACCAACUUCCAGACAACCAUUAGAAACAAAUUCUAUAGAAUCAUCAUCUCCAGUUUAUUUGCAAAGAGAAUCUUUGAUACCAAGACAACCUGAAAUCGUGAAAGAUUCUGAAGUCAGGGUUGUUAAUCAGUUUGAUAUUCCUGCAGAUAAUUUCAAUGUGGAUCCGGAAAGUAUUAAGGUAGAAUUUAAGAGACCGAGCUUGGUAGAACAGAAUUUGGUAAGAGGGCAGCAACAGGAGGCUACUUUCAGAAGCGUUGACAGAAACCAAAGAGGAAAAAGGUUUGUUUUAAAAUUGAUUUAA